CUGCUUCCCGCGAUUCCAAAACCUCCUCUCGUGUCUCCACCAGCAGCGCCGCCGCCACUACAACCACCACUACCACCACCACUACCGCCUCGCGUGACUCACGGAUUGACUUCGCUCGUCGUGUUUCUGACUCGGAUUUCUCCAACAAGGCCGCUUUGGCUGUUUAUUUUUAAACAUUUUUUAAAACUGUCAUAUUUAGAGAUAAGAAUGAUUCGAUUGGUGGAGUUAGGUUGAAAAGACUGGUUAAGAGUUUUGAGGUCAGAUUCUAAGGUACCAAUCCUCACUGCUGACUAAACAAAUUCAAAUUUUAGAAAAUUUUUUUUUCAAGUAAUCGAAGCAAGAACUAAGAAGUAUCCACGGCCUUUCCUUCGUCUAUGGCUGCAGUGAUUUCUUAUUCUUUCUCAUGAAGCCUUCGACCAGUCCGCUUUCCAUUCUCCCCCUAUCUCUUGUCAAAUGCAUUUUUUUCACAAAACUGUUCCUUCUUCUUCCUCUUCGCCGUCUUCUUCUGUUUCUUCAAAACAGAGCAGUGGUAAUGCUGGUAAUUUAUCCAAUAAUCGCAGCCAAUCUUCCUUUACUCAGAGGAGGCUCACGCGACAGAGGAAGCUCAGGCACGUUAGUGAUCGUGAGCUUGGCUUGCAGUUGAUAGAUCCUUCGAAUUCGUCUCCCUGUUCACCUGAUUCCGCUCGAAAGCCGCGGUCUCUUGGCUACUCCGAUCGCUGGUUUUCUUCUGCUGUUCCGCAACCGUUGCCGCUCCCUGAAUGGCAUUUGACCAAGAGACCGGAGCCUUUGGGCUCGAAUUUCGGGCAGGGUCUUCUUGGAUCACCAGAAGAAGGGCCGAGCUCUACUUUGAGGAGGAAGAGUGCAGAUCAUGUUAUUGCAAAGUUUGCUACAUUAUCAAGCGAUUGUCAUCAGAGAUUCUCUCAAGAUGCUAAUGAUGAUGGUGCUAAUUACAACUUAAAACUGAACAUUGCCGCUCGAAGUGCUCCUACAAGUGGUUCCUCAAGUCCUAUGGCCAGUCCACGAAGAUCAAAUGCGGAGGAACUCUCUCCUGGCGAUGCUACAGAUCUAUUCAAGUCUUCAAGCAAUUGUUAUAAGGGAAAGUCCCAUAAUCUAAAAGUUGAAAGUUCUAAGUAUAAGUUGAGUCAGAUUGCUUCUCCCAGGAGUGCUCCGACAAGUGGUCUCUCAAGCCCUGCUGUUAGCCCACAAAGAUCAAACACUGGGGACUUCUUACCAUCUUUUGUAGCUUCACAAGCAUGUCAUAAGUGGUCAGCUUCAGAGGUUCCGGACUUCGAUAGGCGUGCUGGUCAUAGUUCACAAGGGUCAUCACUGAAAGCCAUGCAUAGCCCAGAUCAUUCUCCAUUUCAUAGCCCAUCAUUGCAAAGUCCCUAUCUUCCCAAAAGUCACAAUAAGUUUUCAUUUCCAUCGCAUAAUAAAUUGCUUCAAGGGAAUUCUAAAGAGUGGCCUGACAGUAAUAGUCAUUUCAGUGCUCACCCGUUGCCCUUGCCUCCUGGAGCUGCACCACCAGAGUCAUUUAUGCCAUCUCCACCGGCUAUUCUCCAUCAUACAAUAGAGAAUACAAAUGUAUCAGUGAGAAAAACUCAGUGGCAGAAAGGAAAACUUAUUGGCCGUGGUACUUAUGGAAGUGUUUUUGUUGGAACUAACCGAGAGACUGGAGCUUUAUGUGCAAUGAAGGAAGUUGAUAUCAUCCCUGAUGACCCCAAAUCUGCUGAAUGCAUAAAGCAGCUAGAGCAGGAAAUUAGGUUUCUUCAACAUCUAAAGCAUCCAAAUAUUGUGCAGUAUUAUGGCAGUGAGAUAGCUGAUGAUCAUUUUUACAUAUAUUUGGAGUACGUGUAUCCUGGAUCAAUCAGUAAAUAUGUCCGUGAACAUUGUGGAGUCAUGACAGAAUCUAUAGUCCGCAAUUUCACCCGCCAUAUUCUCUCUGGAUUGGAUUAUUUGCACAGCACAAAGACAAUUCACAGGGACAUUAAAGGAGCAAAUUUGCUCGUUGAUUCAUCAGGUGUUGUUAAAUUGGCAGAUUUUGGCAUGGCAAAACAUCUAACUGGACUAUCAUAUGAAUUGUCUUUGAAAGGCAGUCCACACUGGAUGGCUCCAGAGGUCAUAAAAGCUGUGAUGCAGAAAGAUACCAAUUCUGAUCUUGCUUUGGCGGUUGAUAUAUGGAGCUUGGGUUGUACCGUCAUUGAGAUGUUUACUGGUAAACCACCCUGGGGCAAUCUUCAAGGGCCUCAAGCAAUGUUCAAGGUUUUGCACAAAGCUCCACCUAUACCAGAAGCUUUGUCUUCAGAAGCUAAAGAUUUUAUCUGCUGUUGCUUUCGAAGAAAUCCUGCCGAGCGACCGUCUGCUAGUAAGCUACUUGAGCAUCCUUUUGUGCGAAAUUCCAGUGAACUCAAUGUGUUUGCUUGCAGACAGGCACUAUCAGCAAUAAACCUCAUGGAUAAAUCACAAAGGUCCAGAGAUUGUGCUGCACAAAAGGUUGAGUCGAUGCCAACCUCUCCGGACACACAAAUUAUGAACGAUAAAAUUCCAAGCAGUAGUGAAUCCGGUCAACAAGGUCAUGUCAACACUGCAGUUUCUCAUCACUCUCCAUGUUCCCCACUUGAAGUCCUCCCUCGUGUAUCUAAUACACCACCGGCUUAUGACUCGCAUAAUUUCAGCCCUUCUUCAAGAAUUUCCAGCAACAUGCCACUUGGUGCUGUGAAUAACCAUCCUUUGGCUCUUUUAAGGAGUCAUGGGAGGGAAGUUUCACAUAUUUGAAAUAUCCGCUGGCUUUGAUCUGGAAAAACUUUUCUGUGUACAGCUAGGUAGAAGCUAGCAAUCGACUAGACAGGCACAGAACCCCUUGAAGAUUUUCAAAUCGCAUUUUAAGGUUUUAAUGGCUCUCACGAGCUAGAGGUUCAGUGUAUCAUAUCUAUGCUCUUGAUGCAGAGAAAAUUUCUAAAACUUAGAAAACUAAUCAACUGGGAUGAGUGUGCUGGUCAUUUCCAUCAUCAUCAUGGUGGCUAGAGCUUGUGCAAACUGCAAAUAGGAUGGGCUGAUACUUUAAGCAAACAAUUUCACGAAGAUGGAAGAAGUGGGCAGGGAAAAUGGAAAUUAUUUCCAUGUUAGAAAGAUAUGACGAACUAAAGGUAAACGUGUAAAUAUAGGAACCUUUUCUUCCCACAGUUUGAUUCAUUUAUAUAUAGAAAAUGUUGUUUAAGCUGGUUUCUUUUCAUACCAGCCAUGUAUGUUUUGGCAUUAGAAUUUUAUUAGUUAUCCAUCUCUGUUCCUGAA